UAUCCGAAACCUGAAACGGAUAGGUCUGACACAAAAGCGCUUACACAUUUUAGCUCAACGGGGCCGACCGAUAAACAAAACAAAGCCAGUGAUCUUGGCCAAUCGUGUGAGGGACAGAGAGCGAGAGAGAAAUGCUCAGGAUAUUGGCGAGGAGAGCAGCUUCGGCUUCAUCAUCUCUUAAUUCGCAUCCAUGGAAAGCUCACUCAUUAAAGACGAGGCAUUUAUGCUUUGGAGUCCUUCCCGACGGCAUUGACCGUACCUCCGAGCCCUUCGCUCGCAACUCCAACGCCAUGGACGACCUCAUCUCCGACCUCCAAUCUCACAUAACCAAGGUGCUUGCUGGAGGAGGAGCGGAUGCCGUGAAGAGGAAUAGGAGUAGGAAUAAGCUUCUACCGAGAGAAAGAAUCGAUCGCCUGCUUGAUCCCGGUUCUUCGUUCCUUGAACUUUCGCAGGUUCAGGAUAUAAUCAUAAUUCCCGUGUUAAUCGGCCAUGAAUUAUAUGAAGACCCAUUGCCAUCCGCUGGCAUCAUUACUGGAAUAGGUCCAGUGCAUGGACGGCUUUGUAUGUUUGUGGCUAAUGACCCUACCGUUAAGGGAGGGACUUACUAUCCUAUAACCGUUAAGAAGCAUCUUAGGGCGCAAGAGAUUGCCGCUAAAUGCAAUUUACCUUGCAUAUAUCUUGUUGAUAGUGGAGGCGCUUAUCUUCCCAAGCAGGCUGAUGUCUUCCCCGACCGGGAUAAUUUUGGUAGAAUUUUCUAUAAUCAAGCUGUAAUGUCUGCUGAAGGAAUUCCCCAAAUUGCGCUGGUAUUGGGUUCAUGCACAGCUGGGGGUGCCUACAUACCUGCAAUGGCCGAUGAAAGUGUAAUGGUCAAAGGGAAUGGCACUAUUUUUCUAGCGGGGCCCCCACUCGUGAAGGCUGCUACAGGAGAAGAAGUAUCUGCCGAGGAUUUGGGGGGUGCCACCGUGCAUUGCAAGACAUCAGGAGUUUCAGAUUACUUUGCUCAAGAUGAACUGCACGGACUUGCUAUUGGUAGGAACAUCAUUAAGAACUUGCACAUGGCUGGGAAGGAAGGGCUGUUAAAUGGAUUGCAAAAUAUAUACCGGGAAUAUAAAGAACCAUUAUACGAUGUAAAGGAACUUCGUUCCAUUGCACCUACUGACCUUAAGCAGUCCUUUGAUAUACGAUCAGUUAUUGCUCGCAUUGUUGAUGGAAGUGAAUUUGACGAAUUCAAGAAAUUGUAUGGCACUACUCUUGUAACGGGUUUCGCUAGGAUUUUUGGACAGCCAGUUGGAAUUAUUGGAAACAAUGGGAUAUUAUUUAAUGAAUCUGCUCUAAAAGGGGCCCAUUUCAUUGAACUAUGUGCUCAACGAAACAUUCCUUUGGUCUUCCUUCAGAACAUCACUGGAUUUAUGGUUGGCUCAAGAUCUGAGGCCAACGGCAUAGCAAAAUCUGGAGCAAAGAUGGUCAUGGCAGUUUCCUGUGCGAAGGUUCCCAAAGUUACUAUAAUUGUUGGUGGAAGCUUUGGUGCUGGAAAUUAUGCAAUGUGUGGUCGUGCUUAUAGUCCUGACUUCAUGUUCCUUUGGCCAAAUGCCAGAAUUUCUGUAAUGGGUGGUGCUCAGGCUGCUGGUGUGCUGUCUCAAAUUGAAAAAACUAACAAGAAAAAGCAAGGGAUUCAGUGGAACAAGGAAGAAGAGGAAAAAUUCAAGGCAAAGGUCGUGGAGGCUUAUGAGAGAGAAGGGAGUUCUUAUUACUCCACGGCGAGGCUCUGGGAUGACGGAGUUAUCGAUCCAGCCGACACAAGAAAAAUUAUUGGUCUCUGCAUUUCUGCUUCUAUGAACCGCGACAUAGAUGAUACCAAGUAUGGUGUAUUUAGAAUGUGAUGAGAGAUCAUUUUACGUACAAGAAGAAGCAGCCAAAACUGUGCUGCGCAUAAAUCCAGAUGCGUUCAUUUGAAAUCUUGUAAGCUUUUAUGCGAAAGAGGAGCAAGCAACAAAUUGAAACAAAAGAAAAAAUAACAAAAAUAAAUUAGGCUUCUAGAGCCCAUCCUUGAUCAUGAGAUGACAAGAAAUUAUAAAGAGUUUUUCUAUUCUAUA